GCGUAGAUAAGAGCAACGACGCGCGUCCCUAUCAGCUUCUAUAAAAGCUCGGAGCGCGAAUGGCAACCAGUUUCACUCUUCGGGAUACUUUGCUGAUCAGCAACAGGUCCCAAAAGCUAUCGCUUAAGAACUCAACAGUUGAAUAUAUUCUACUGUUUGCGAACAGUUUCGCAAAAGUUUUCUUAUUUUGGUAAAGUUAUCAGUUUUGUCCGCGGUCGCGCCACGAUUUUUUAGAUCUUGUUAAAUUUGAAGCAAACAAAGCUACGCCUAAAAAAUGUGGUGGACAUCUUUAAUCAAAUGGGUAGUUUUCGGAAUGGCGCUGGCAAUGUUAGGGGGUAAUUUUUGCAAAGCGGCACCUUCUCCAAGAAACGACGACAUGUACAGGGAAUUGAUGAAACUGGAUCAGCUUUAUUCUUCCAUUGCCAGACCAAGUUUGCGAAGUAUACCGAUAUCAUCAGAGGUGGGACAAAAAGUACAAAGGGCGCUCAAUAUGUUAAGGCUACAAGAAUUGGAUAACCUUUACUCACCCCGAUCGAGGCCUAGGUUCGGCAAACGUGGAGAAAGACACCAAGUGCCAGCUCUCAACAAAAUUUCCCCGGAAGAAUACGAUAAUAAUCAGAUUCAGUUUCGAACUGAUGAAGAUGGAAACGAUCACGAUUGGUUGCCCUUAAGAAGAUGAGGUAGUUUACCAAGCCACUACUAAAAUUCUGCUAUUUCCAUUUAAAUCUUAUUCCAGUAUUUCAGUAGACAAUCAUGCUUUAGUUUGAUGGUUUCAUAUUUUAGAUUAAUCAAUAGCAUUAUUGGGAAUUCAUCAUAAAUAUAAUUAACAUAGAUUUUUUGGGAAUUGGGAUAAAUUUGUCCAUGAUUUUCCUCCUAAUACUGCUAUUGAUAAUUGAUUUUUUUUCUUAGGUACAUAGUUAUGUUUUAUUACUAAUAAAAGAACAUGCAUCUGUCAUAUUUUUCUCUUAACUUUAUCAGGCUCUUAUUGGACAAAUUCAUCUGGUUUAUGUUAGUAAUUGAAUGUUUGGGAACCUAGAGAAUAUUUUGCAAAAUAAAAAUCUUAUAAUGUAGGUUAGUAGAAACAUGUUAAAAGACAUUCCUCUAUUUUUGUUCAACUCAAACAGGCAAUUAGUGAAUCCUAUUUUGCAAAAUACCUACUCUUUAAGUUUGUUUAAUUUUGUAUCAUCACCUUUAUAAAAAAUGAUUUGUCACGAAGAAAAAAUUGUCAAGAAUAUAGCUUAUAAUAUUCAUAGUGAAAUUAUGAUUACUUAUCUUAUAGAAUUACUGUUAAAAAAUAUUAGAAAUGCUCUACUUCUACAUACUGGCAUACUGGGUGUUACAACUGAUGUAUUAUACAUAAAAUAUAACUCCAAAAUAUAUCUAUUAAGAAACGCAUAUUUGUG